AUGGCAUCGGACGAGAUCCCUCCCAACCUGCUGCGCACCGCCGAAGCGACGCCCAUCGCCAAGCUCAGCCCGGCCAUAGCGGACGCGGCCGCGGUCGUGGUCGAGGGCGUCGUCACCGUGACCUGGCCGUACAGCACCGUCCGCAAGUCCGUCGCCUUCAUCCUCGCCGAGCGCGACCCCCUGCACCGACGCGACAAGGGCCAGCUGCGAGUCGAGUUCGAUGGCGCUGCCGGCAAGGCGCUUGCGGGCUCGGGCCUGGGAGGCGGCGACGAGGUGCGCCUGAGCUUGGACGGCGCCCGGUGGGAGGAGACCGAGGCAUCGGUGCGGCGGCCAGGCAUCCUGGAGUGGCAGCUGAGGUUCUCCAACCGCCUGCUGCUUAAGGUGCGGCGGGCGGACACCCACGAGGUCGACACUGUUGAGGUUGAUGCCGCCGACGACGAGGGAGGUCAUGAAUCGCCAGAGCAGCUUCGGGAACCGAGUCCGACGCCGUCGAUAGAGCUCGAGCACGACCUUUUUGCGACUCCCCUGCGGCAGACGCCGCUUUCUACGAUACCGCAGAAGCGAUUUGCAUACGAGACGCUGGGAGCUGGGGAGUAUGCCUCUCCGGCCUUCAUCAAGCGGGCAAGGGUAUCAUACGGCUCGCUUUUCGAAGGUGGCUUUGACAUCUUCGACGAAGAGGAGCCCGCCAAGAAUAGCAAGAAGAAACGGAAGCCUCGGUUCAGCAUGAAUCCAAAAUCCUGGAGAUACACCAGUCGAUCGCCUACGCCCGAAGCGGAGCAGGAGGAAUCGGCCGAAGAGGACGAAGCUGAACCCAAGGCCCAUGAUGUCGAGGCGCCUGUAGCAGAAGAACACACGGCCAAGGAGGCUGAGACCGCUCACGAGCCACCAGUUUCCCAGCCGCAGCCGGUGAUGGUGGACCAGGGAUGCCAAACUAGAGAGUUGAGCUCCAGUCCCAUCAGAGGUGUUCAAGUCAUUGCCGAAUCUAAAUCAACCGGAAUACUACUGCAGCCCACGCCGACUCACUCAUGGAAACACGCGGAUAUAGAUGACGUGCUGCAAGAGCCAUCGCCCAUCUCUUUCGACUUUGCAGCUUCUCACGAUGUACACCCUCUGAUGCACGAACCAGAGCCCCUGGGCCAACCUGGGACACAUAUGCCACACACCGGUUUCAAUAUGCCUAUGGAUCUAGACCCCAGCCUACAGCCACACGAAGCAGAUGGGCAGCAUCCCCAUCGUGAUGAGCCCACAUACGAUCUCGCGGCGACUGAAGCCCCUCCGCCUCCACUGCAGCAGCCUGGGGCUCACGAUGCCCAAUUGCACGGCUUGGCUUGGGCUGCCGAGGCGUUGGCGCCGGAGUAUUCUGUGGUGCCACAACACAAUGCACAUGACUUCCCCCAGGGAAGCUUUGAUCGAUCAUCUUAUACACUGCGAGCUAGCCCCUCCGAUGAAACGCACACGAUUGUCUCAUCCGUUCAUCACGCUGUGGGAAUGCACAACUAUGUCCGGGCGGAUGAAGCGCAAAGGGUGGCAUCUUCCUCAUUGGAGCAAGAGAACAGUGUGAAACCCAGCAACAGCUACCCCGAACGGUACGAAGACGAUGCCGAGACCGCCACUGUGACUGCUACCCUUGGCAGAGAAAGUCGGUCGAGCCCUCCGCGCGAAGAGUCCAGCACGGACGAAUCUGAGGAGGAUGAAGACGAAGCCGCUCCUCAUCGUUACUAUGACUGGAACACUGGGCGGUGGCGGGAAGGAUACCCCGAAGAAGAGGAUGACGAUCGACACUAUGCUGCAUACGACGCUGAAGAAGAUGAAGAGGGAGAAGAUGAUGAUGAAGAGGAGGGCGAGGACGACGAUGAAGGCGACGACGACGGUCAUUCGAUCGCAUCUGACGCCGAGUCCGGUUCUGAAGGGGAAUCGGAGGAGGAUGAGUCGGAGCCCCAAGGCUAUCACCAAACCAUGCAGCCGGUGCCACCGUCUCACAGACCAUAUCUUCAAGCCCCGAAGCCGGCUCCCGCCCCUCCAAGGGAGCCGAUCUUUAUCAGCCUUUUGUCGGACGAUGAAGACGAGGCUGACAAUGCGCCCGCGACUGCGCAGCCCACGCAGCCUACGCAGCCUACGCAGCCUAAGAAAGAGCCUAGCGAGGAACGCGUGCUUUACGACCACGAUGAUGUUCGUGAACAGCCAAGGGAAGAAGAAGACGAAGAAGACGAAAUCCUUGACGAGCCUGUUGGAGAGGACUCCGACCAAUACAUCGACGAAGACGUUGAGGAAGACAGCGAUGACAAUAUGGAUGACAGUGGAGACGAAAGCAUGGACGACAACCUAGAAGACGCCGGGGAGGAGCCUGGUGUGGAGGAAGUAACUGAGACCAAGAUGGUGGCAACCGACACAUCCUCCCGGAGAUCCAGCCGAAUAAGUCAGCUAGACGGCGCCGACGAGUACAUUGCACCCCAACACGGAGAACUGGCUACGAACGAAAUGCCUCCACCUGAAAUGGACCAUCCGAAUUUGAUCCUGUCUCCCAGAAAGCAUCAGCAACAUCCUGAUGUGGCUGAAAAUAUUGCCCAGGUCCAGGAUGAAGUGCCAAGGGCCCGUUCUCCAUCAGAAAGUAGGGAUCGAAGGCAAGACGAAUCUGUGGGUGUCCAUGCCCUCGACAAUGAAGAAACUCCAAACGCUGUGAUGCGCGAUACCUCGACACAUCGAUCGCCGGAGCCUCUCUUCAUCAAAACAACAUCUAUCGAUUCGACGCCGGCUGUGGAGCCCUCUAUUCACGCACCGGAUGAGCCUACAGAAAUAACUGAUGCGGUCGAGACUCUAGCACAGCAGCUCACCGACAACGACGACAUGGUUAUGGACGAUGUCACCUCGAAGACUCCCGAAAUCCAGCGGUCUGCCGUGGGGGUGGAGGUGGAGGUAGAGGUUAUUGCGAUUGAGCAAGAUGUCGAGAUGGAGGAUGAUGUGCAAAACCAGCUUAGAGAGGAGGCCGAGGCUGUUCCGAAAGAGGAGAACACUCAAGCAGCUACAGAAGUGGCCUCGAAAGCCACCGAGGAACCUAGAGAGGCUGCACCGUCAUCACCUCUGGACACUCAGAGAGAGCCAUCUCACACGGUGCCUGUGGCCAUUUCAACCUCAGAGGAGCAGGAAAUCGCAGAGCAGCUACCUACUCCACUGGAAACACAGCAAGAAGAUGUCAAGGAGGAUCACGGUGCCGCUGACAAAGCCCGCCGGGAGGUACCGCCGAAUGAGAAGGAGACGGAACAGAGUAUCGACGAAGAUGCCGAAGAGGAGUACGAGGAUGCGGACGAAGGCGCCCACGAAGGAGCGGACAAAGGUUUUGAGGAUGCGAGGGAAGGAGAAGAUGACGAUGACGACCUUGCCAUCGAGCAACAACUCAUUUCCGACUUCCAGCAUUAUGCCAGCCCCCUGAAGGCGCGCGAUGCUGAAGGCGCUGGCCAGGCACCGUUGCAAGACACUCAACAAGAUAGCCCGCAGAGCCAACACAGCCACCACGGCCAUCAUCACACGGAGCACUGCUCACACGACCACAGUCCUCGGAGGGCAGGAACAGAGAUGUCGAUAACAUUGCAAUCUCUUCGGAGCCACUGUCGUGCUAAGAGAAUGUCCAGUGGCAGCGUCGAUAGUUUGUCCACCGACCCCAGCGUCUUGCUGGCGAAGGGCUCCCCUACCAUGGCACAUCGUCAGUGUCUUCUUGGGGAGGGUGACUCGCUCCCUCAGCGAUCGCCACGGUCGCCUCGGACGUCGCCUCGGAACAAGGCUGAGAGCUCGGAUCCCAGCGUUGCGCUUGCUAGAUCCUCGCCCCGCGGGUCUGUAUCGCCAAAGGAAGCUGAGGCGACGCCCUCGCUGCGCGCAAGACGCGGUGCCAGGGGCUCCGAUGCGAGCAUUAUACUGGCACAGUCCUUUUCGACUCCCCCGGAACGCAGCCCCGCCAGCCCAACCAGAUCGUUCAGAGCUGGUCCACGCAAGUCUGAGAAGCCGGAUUUGAGUGUUCAACUCGCGACAGCCAGCUUCAGCAGGGACGCUCAACAACCACCGCAGCAUCAAGAGGACCACGCAGCGAAUGAGGAUGUGCUGGAUGGAACUCACGACGGCUCAGCAAGUGUUCGUCGUGAUGCUACACCAGAGCAAACGGUGGCAGGAGGGCACAACCUGAGGUCACCCAGAAAACCCGCCGCCUCAUCCUCCUUCAAGGCGCCCUCGGUUGCCAGCUCCUUUGCUGAAGACGGGAACGUGGCGACCCUGAAGCUGCAGCUGCUGAAGGUCCUUAGAACGAAACUUCCCGACUGCCUGCCGCUCAAAUCCCUGCGCACCUCGUUGACCAAGACGGCCGAUAUAUUAGCCGUAGCAACGCUCACUCCGCGGCAACCCUACCGCCCGAAACACGGGCCCCGAGACUACAUGCUGGAGCUCCAUCUGACCGACCCCUCAGUGGCGCCCACGAGCGUCAACGUCGCGCACAUCUUCCGGCCGCAUCAGGCGUCCCUGCCGACGGUCCAGGCGGGCGACGUCGUGCUGCUGCGUCGCGUCCAGGUGGUGUCGAUGCAGGGCAGGGGAUUCGGCGUCAGGGCAGGAGAAGCCUCGGCAUGGGCCGUCUUUGAGAAGGGCGACGAGGAGAUGCUGCCGCAGAUCAAGGGCCCGCCUGUCGAGGUGUCGGACGAGGAGAUUGAGUACGUGCAGGGGCUGAGGAGGUGGUGGGGUCUUCAGGAUGAGAAGGCGUUGGCGAAGAUUGAAAAGGCCAAUCAGAAGAUGCUGCAGGCUGUCAAGGAUGACGCGAAGUGA